CUCAAGAGUCGUGCGUUUGAAAAAUUGUUUUAAUAAAAUAUGGAAAAUAAUGUGAAUUAAUACAAAGUGUUGUUAAUACAAUUCUUUGCAAUACAUUUCUUUUGUUCGUGUCAAGUUGGAAUAAUACAAAUACGUAACAUUGUGCGUUCAAUUUUUAUCUUAAAGUGAUUAUGUUUUUUGCAAGUUUUUACGAGCCAAAUUUAUUAAUCAAAAUGGCGGGAACACGUUCAACAAGGUUUUUCGUUUCGUCCAAUCAAUCAUCAACCAGAUCUGAGAUGUUUUUAACGUCGAACAAUCAAGAAACAAAACAGGUGAGGCGAGGACGUGAGGGCUGAUCCGAUGAAUGGGGCUCAGCUCUGGCACAGCUCUCCGUCGAAGGAAAUCAUGACAGGAACGUACCGAAGAUCGAAAGCGCGCACAAAGAUGAGGAGCAUGGCGCCAGGGGCGCGGGAUCCCCUGGUGAAAGCGGUCUCGGCGAAGAAAUCGGUGCCCCUGACGAGGAUCUCGCUUUGAGGAUGGAUACCAACACGAGCAGGGGUUGGAACUCGGGCGGCAGGGCUUUCCUGCGGGGUAUCGGGCAACGGGUCAGCUUCGACCCCGAGGCGCCCCCACCGCCGUCCCAACCUGCCAGAAAGAUCGACGAGAAGGUGAAGAGGCACAGCAUCCACGGCAUGAUAGAGGAGGAGAACGUGGUGAGACCUCACCAGGAAAUGGCCAGUCUGUCCUAUCAAGAGAAGAAGUAUCUUCUCGCGGUGGAGCGUGGAGACGUUGCUUCCGUCAGAAGAAUGUUGCAAAGCGCCCAGGAAACCGAGAUGAACAUCAAUUGCGUGGAUCCGUUGGGACGGUCCGCCCUAUUGAUGGCGAUCGAUAACGAAAAUCUGGAAAUGGUGGAGCUCCUGAUCGAGCACAAGGUCGACACGAAGGACGCGCUCCUCCACGCGAUCUCCGAGGAAUUCGUGGAGGCGGUCGAGGUACUUCUGGAACACGAGGAGAGUCUUCAUCGAAAUGGGGAGCCACACGUUAGUCGCUUUCAUCGUCUAGUAUAUAGUUGGGAAGCCCUGCCAUCCGAUACAGCCACAUUCACGCCAGACAUCACGCCCCUGAUCCUAGCCGCGCACAGAGACAAUUACGAGAUCAUCAAGAUUCUUCUGGAUCGCGGAUCCACGUUGCCCAUGCCUCACGACGUUCGUUGCGGGUGCGACGAGUGCGUGACAUCGAGGAGGGAGGAUUCCCUGAGGCAUUCCAGGAGCCGAAUAAACGCGUACAGAGCCUUAGCCUCGCCGUCCUUGAUCGCUCUUUCCUCCAAGGACCCAAUCCUGACGGCGUUCGAACUCUCGUGGGAGCUCCGCCGCCUCUCGUUCCUCGAGCACGAGUUCAAAUGCGAAUACCAGGAGCUCAGAAGACAAUGCCAGGACUUCGCCACCGCGUUGUUGGAUCACACGAGAAGUUCGUACGAGUUGGAGGUGCUGUUGAACCACGACCCGACCGGGCCGGCGUUCGAGCACGGCGAGAGGAUGCAUCUGAACCGGCUCAAGCUGGCCAUCAAGCUUCGACAGAAGAAGUUCGUGGCGCAUCCUAACGUGCAGCAGUUACUCGCAUCGAUCUGGUACGAGGGUCUUCCGGGUUUCCGUAGGAAAAACAUGGUCCUCCAGGCGUUGGAGAUCGUCAAGAUCGGCGUUCUAUUUCCUUUCUUCAGCGUCGCGUACAUCAUCGCUCCCCACUACGUGGUCGGCCAGACCAUGAGGAAACCGUUCAUCAAGUUCAUCUGUCACUCGGCCUCUUACUUCACCUUCCUCUUCAUGUUGAUUCUGGCCAGUCAGAGGAUAGAGAGCGUGAUUGGGAAUUGGAUGGGCCGGGAUGUGGUGGAGCAGGAGCCAGUGCCGACGAAAAGGGGAGCCGCGCCUACCAUCAUCGAAUGGUUCAUCCUGGCGUGGGUAUCGGGCCUGAUCUGGUCCGAGGUGAAGCAGUUGUGGGACGUCGGCCUCGAGGAGUACGUGAACGACAUGUGGAACGUGAUCGAUUUCGUGACCAACUCCUUGUACGUGGCCACCGCCGCUCUCAGGGUGGUCGCCUACUACAGGGUGAAGUGGGAGAUCGAGAGAUCGGGAUCAGAGAUCGAGCUUCAACGCGAACAGUGGGACACGUGGGAUCCAAUGCUCAUAUCCGAGGGGCUUUUCUCCGCCGCCAACAUAUUCAGCUCCCUGAAACUCGUCUACAUUUUCUCGGUAAAUCCUCAUCUCGGCCCCCUGCAAGUCUCCCUGUCCAGAAUGGUGAUGGACAUCAUGAAGUUCUUCUUCCUCUACGUGCUGGUGCUGUUCGCGUUCUCGUGCGGUCUGAACCAGUUGUUGUGGUAUUACGCGGAUAUGGAGAAGAAGAGGUGCCCGACCGCGAUGUCGUACGCCCCUAACGCCAAUGUGACCACCGAUUCGAACGCUUGCAUCGUUUGGCGCCGAUUUGCAAACUUGUUCGAAACCACGCAGACACUGUUCUGGGCCGUUUUCGGCCUGGUCGAUCUCGAGAGCUUCGAACUGGACGGUAUCAAAGCGUUCACCAGGUUCUGGGGUAUGCUGAUGUUCGGCACAUACUCGGUGAUCAACAUCGUCGUUUUACUGAAUCUACUGAUCGCCAUGAUGAAUCAUUCCUAUCAAUUGAUCUCCGAACGCGCCGACAUCGAGUGGAAGUUCGCCAGGAGCAAGCUUUGGAUCAGCUACUUCGAGGAGGGUGGCACGGUCCCGCCCCCUUUUAACAUCAUCCCGACCCCGAAGAGCGUUUGGUACAUGGGGCAAUGGCUGUACAGGAAACUGUGCGGGCACAGCAGAGCGGCCAAGAAAGAGCACAUGAGGACGAUCAGAAGGAAGGUGAAGCAGGCGUCUGAGAGGGACUUCAGGUAUCAGAGUAUCAUGAGAAAUUUGGUGAGGAGGUACGUGACGGUGGAGCAGAGGAAGGCGGAAAGCGAGGGGGUGACGGAGGACGACGUGAACGAGAUCAAACAAGACAUCAGCGCGCUUCGUUGCGAAUUGAUCGAGAUCUUGAAGAAUUCCGGGAUGAACACCUCGACAGCCAGCGGCACAGGAACCGACGGUAGCCUUAAAGAGCUGUCCAUAGGUGCGGGGGGUAAGAAGAAUCGUCAGAAGGAGCGGCGGCUGAUGAAGGGUUUCAACAUCGCCCCUCAACCGAGCGGAAGCGGGUCCCUGCCCCCGGUCGACGAGUUCGCGACGUCGUUGCAGCAAGCGCAACAGGAGAACUCGCACGAGCUGUUCGGCUCGACGUUGAGCGGUAUAUUCGGCCCAGGGACCACGCCCAAGAAGAGCCCCCAUCACACGAGCACGAACAGCGUGCCCGGCCUCGGGACGAGCAGGCAGAGCCGUAGAAUAAGGGGGAGCUCGAAGAAGAAGAGAUGGGAGCAUCUGAUCGAGGCGGCGAAAGUUCGCGGCAAGGUUUCCAGGCUGAUCGGCAGAUCUCGCUCCGAGGAUUCCGUGUACUCGCCCGCGUCCGAGGACGGGGGCUCCAGAUCCGAGGGAUCGACCGAUUCGAAAUCGUCGCUGGAAACUGGGGGGAACGAGGGGGGCCAACCGACGACGCACCAUCUCCACCACUCUCACCACUCGCAUCAUCAUCACGAGGGGCACCACGUGUUCCCUCACGGCCUAGGCGCGUUGGUCGCGCUUCGAAAGAAGCGGAAAACGUUCUCGGAUUCGAGGUCCUCGACCUCGGGCAUGAGGAGCGGAAGCGGCACCAAUCCUAUAUACCCGUUGGCCACGGCCCUCGUCUCCAAGGUGUCGAAGAAGCAGCAGCUGCAGAGGGCGAGCAGCGUGCCGACCAGGGGGCCGGAGCUGGGCCAACAGCCGAUCCCGCCGAGGCGGCACGAGGGCACGCAGAGCCAGCAGCCCAGCAUCGACACCCCCGAGGGGGCCAGCGCUAACGAGCAACCCGUGGUUCCGGCUGCACCGCUGACACCAUCGACCACCGAGGAGAGCGUGGCCGCGAGCACCUCCCUGCCGGCGACCAUGAAGAGGAACGGGUCGGCGAGUCAGCUGCAACGGCUUCCGGGCAUCGAGCCGAUAUCCGGCCACGACGUGUCCGGGGGAUGGCUCUGAGAACAUCCGACGACCGCCGCCCCGCGGCGGCGCGUCAACCAUCGGGACGUAACUAAAUGGAGGAGUUGCGAAGUGAGCCAACGAAAGCCGAGAGAGACGACGACAUCGAUCGAGGCAUCGUGGUCGUCGUGGCACACGCACAAUGAUGCCUUUCGCCGGCAAACCGAUUUCGCCGAGACGAACAAACUAUAGAGAUAUAUAUAUAUAUAUAUUAUUAUUAUUAUUAUUAUUAUUAUUAUCAU